UUCUUCUGCAGCUUUUCUCUUCUUUAUGGAAAAGUUGAAAUGCUGUUUUUUCCUCUAAUUCUAGGAUCAUGGUUACUUGAUUUGCCUGGUUUUCCCAGCCAUUUUUCAUGGUAUCGUAUUACACUCUUCUUUUUGGAUCAGACCAAUCUUACUCUUCUUUUUUACUUUUUUUAUUUCCAUUAGAGAGAUAUUCAUGUCAACUUCACCCUAAAAAUAAUGAUCUUGAGUUGCAAGGCACGUUUCCAAACAUCUUCACUAAAAUGUGGCCUCUUAGAACUAACAUACUCACGGAAGAGAAAACUCUUGCAUUCAGUAUUGAAAAUAGCUUAAAAAGUAAAGCUUAUUCAUUGAAGUAUUAUUUCAAAAUUACAUAUGUGACGUGAUUUGGUUCCUCAUUUGCAGACCAGAACUUCCCUGUAUCAGUUGAGUCUUAAAACCUAAAAGGAUUUGUUAACCUGGGUCAAUGCAGAAGGGUUUUCUUGCAAGACAUAAUUUGUUCUUCAGCAAGAGUUAGAGCUGCAGAGGACAAAGGAGCAAAACAUCUGGCAAUGGCUGUUUACCUUCUUGUGAUUUUUCUCUUUUCCUUUUGUACACCUCUUCAAGCGUCUGAUAGUGGAAUAUUUUUAAUUUAUAAUGAAGAUAGCAAGCUCUGUGCCCAAGCUCUAAACAGCAGCUCAGUCAUAACUGCCAUGUGCAAUGAGAAAAAUGAGUUGCAGAGGUUCAGAUGGAUCUCGGCCACACAGCUGCUGAGCAUGGGGAUGAAGCUGUGCUUGGGAGUGCUCACCAAGGAUGACGAGGCUGCCAUCACAUUGGAAACCUGCAACAGGACGAACGAGCUUCAGAGGUGGGAAUGUAAGGAUGAGGCACUUUCAAUCCAAGGCAAAGAUUUGUUUCUCAACUAUGGCAAAGGGAAGGGGAAGAAAAUCAGGUUGUCCAAAGAAUCAGGCAAAGGGAGCCGGUGGAGAAUCCAUGGAACUGCAGGCAGCAUAUGCUCCAGGCCCUAUGAGGAUAUGUAUACACUAGGAGGAAAUAAUUUUGGUGCACCUUGUGUGUUCCCUUUCAAGUUCAAUGGUAAAUGGUUUGCUGACUGCAUCCGUCGGACUGAAGCAAGCUCUCUCUGGUGUGCAACUACUUCAGAUUUUGAUAGAGACCAACGUUUUGGAAAUUGUCCAUCAAAAGACACUCUCUACAAAGAGUUUUGGAAAACAAAUCCUUUGACUGAAACCCAUUAUCAGAUAAAUGCAAACUCACUUUUGACGUGGCAUCAAGCAAGAAGAAGCUGCCAGCAGCAGAAUGCAGAAUUAUUAAGUGUCACAAGCCCUCAUGAAGAAAUGUUUUUAUUAGGACUCACUAGUGAUCUGGGAUUCAAUGCCAAGCUCUGGACUGGUCUUGUCAGACGACUUGAUAGCAGUUGGGAAUGGACUGAGGGUAGUCCUCUCAGAUAUCUGAACUGGGCUCCAGGAAAUCCCUCUGUGGAGCUUAUAAAAAUGUGUGGGACUUUCCAAGGCAGGAAUGGCAAAUGGGAAAAUGUGGCGUGUAAUCAAAAGCUAGGAUAUAUCUGCCAAAAGAGAAACUCUUCCAUUGUGGAUGACUCCUUCACUGUUCCCUCAGGAGACACAAAGCCUGUUAAGUGCCCCAGGGAAUGGGUAGCCUAUGCAGAACAUUGCUAUAGAAUUUACAGAACACCCAAAAUAUGGAAACAGGCCCAAUCAUCUUGUAGAAAAGAAGAUGGAGACCUGACAAGUAUUCAUAAUGUUGAGGAGUACAGUUUUAUAGUGUCUCAACUUGGGUACAAGCCAGAUGAUGAGCUGUGGAUUGGUUUAAGUGACUUCAGAUUUCAGAUGUAUUUUGAAUGGAGUGAUGGGACACCUGUGACAUACACCAAGUGGCAUCAAAGACAGCCGACCCACACACCUAAUAAGGCAGACUGCAUCGUUAUGAAUGGAGAGGCUGGGUUCUGGACUGACAGUGCUUGUGAAACAAAACUUGGUUACAUCUGCAAAAGAAAACCCUUGGCAGAGGAAUCAGGGGAAGCUGAAGCUACUUACCCGGGCUGCCAGAAAGGCUGGAUGAAGCAUGGCUUUUACUGCUACUCCAUAGGGCAGCUACCUGCAACAUUUUCAGACGCAAAACUUAUCUGUGAAGAAAAUAAAGCUCACCUUGCUACUGUGACAGACAGAUAUGAACAGGCUUUUUUAACUUCUAUAAUUGGAUUCAAGCCAGUGAAAUAUUUCUGGAUUGGACUCUCAGACGUGGAGGAGCAGGGGACGUUCAGGUGGACUGCUGGGGACCCGGUCACCUUCACUCACUGGAACAUGGGAAUGCCAGGAAGGGAGCCAGGCUGCGUGGCCAUGAGAACAGGAACUUCAGCUGGAUUAUGGGAUAUUCUCAAUUGUGAAGAAAAAAACCUGUUUCUGUGCAAGCAGCUGGUGGAGGGAGCAACCCCACCACCCCCUCCGACAACUCCUCCGCUCCCGUCCUGCCCAGAUGAAUGGCAAUCCAUUCCUCAGAGCAGCUUCUGCUUCAAAAUUUUUCAGAGAGGAAGGGAGAAAAUGCAAACAUGGUUUGGUGCAAGAGAUUUUUGCAGAGCUAUUGGAGGAGAUCUGGCAUGUGUUCACAGUGAAGAAGAGCAAAAACUAAUAUCUAGUUUAAAUAAAGACUAUCGUCACUUAUCUUACUGGAUGGGUUUAAAUGCCUUGGACUCUGAUGGAGGAUUUACAUGGUGUGAUGGUUCACCGGUAAAUUUUCAAAAAUGGGCAAAUGGAGAACCAAACAAUUAUGAUGGAAAUGAAAAAUGUGGAGUGUUUUAUGGUUAUAAUGAUAUGAAAUGGAAUGAUAUAUUUUGUGAACAUAUGCAAGACUAUGUUUGUCAAAUAAAAAAAGGAGCAUCACUGAAACCAGAACCUACAUCCACAUUUGAUCAUGAGUAUAUUGUUAGUGAAGAUGACUGGAUAAUAUAUAAUCAUAAGGAAUAUUACUUUAGCAAGGAAGCGAUGCCUAUGGAAAAAGCGAGAGACUACUGCAAAAAAAAUGGUGGUGAUCUUGCCAUUAUUGAGAGUGAAAGUGAAAGAACAUUUCUUUGGAAAUAUACUUUUUACAAAGAUCGAGGAAAUAAUUUUUUUAUUGGCUUAACUGUGAGCCUUGACAAGACGUUCCGGUGGGUGGAUGGAACUACUGUAAACUAUGUUGCCUGGGCCCCCAAUGAGCCCAACUUUGCAAAUAAUGAUGAAAACUGUGUGGUCAUGUAUACUCAAACAGGUACGUGGAAUGACCUCAACUGUGGCAGUAUUGAGCUUUUCAUCUGUGAAAGGCUUAACAGUACUGUUCGUCCAAGUAUUGCUCCCACGGUACCACCACCCAAGGGUGGGUGUCCAGAAGACUGGCUCCUCUUUGAUAAUAAGUGUUUCAAAGCAUUUGGCCUUAAUGAAAAUUAUACACUGACAUGGCAUGCUGCACGGAACAACUGUAUUACUUUUGGAGGAAACCUGGCUACUGUCUCAAAAAAGGAAAAUCAAGCUUUCCUCAUGUCUCUCUUAAAAAAUACUGCAACCGAUGCCUGGAUUGGACUGAAUGACAUAAAUCAUGAGCAUACAUACUUAUGGACGGAUGGAAGUCCAGUUUACUACACAAACUGGGCAAAAGGUUCCCGAAGUUACUAUAGUAAGGUAAAAAGUUUAUUGUUAUCAUGGAAUCAUAGAAUCACAGAAUAGAAUAGCUUGGGUUGAAAGGGACCUUAAAGGCACUUAGGGGGCAAGAGGGAGACUCAUCCUUCUCGAAGCAGAGACUAGGACCCAUUCUCCUAUGUCUUCAGGUUUUGUGGUCCGUCUCCUCAGGUUUGGAAGCUAGCUUAACUUCUUCCCCUUGCAAGGACUUCAGACAGGAUAGUUGGCCUGCCUGUAUCACUGCACAAUACCACUCAUCGAUUUCUCUCCCUGAUUGCUGAAUACUACAUUUCCUGGUGAUCUCCUCAAGCAACCUGGCUACUUGCUCAAAAAGUUUGUCAAACUGGGAACACUUGCACCUCCUCUGCCCUAAGAGAACUUCCAGGUUCUGGAAUUCCCUGCAACAGAAGAUAUGGGCAGCUUUAUUCACUCAUCGAGAGAUCUGUCUGCUAAAGUCACUGGCCCCCAGUCUGGGUUUCUUAUCUCAGCCCAACCAUUGUGGCCAAUGGUUGCCAUGUGUAUUUCGAUAAUGCUGUUCCCAGAAGACAGAGACAGAGAGAGAGCUGCCUGGUGCUCUUCUGGUCGCUCGUGUUUCCUGAAUGCAUCUUGGAGUCUGACUGUUAAAACAAAUGAUACUGCUUUUUAAUGUAAAAAGUGCUGCUAGCAGAGGAUGGUUUCGAUCCAUCGACCUCUGGGUUAUGGGCCCAGCACGCUUCCGCUGCGCCACUCUGCUGUUCUUAUUUUAGCUUUU